GUAAAAGAAGAAGCAUUACUUGAGCAGCUGCUACUUCAGCUUGUUGUUCUGUUAAAGUCGUUGGCUUAACAGUCUAACCUCCGGAUCGGAUCUGCUGUAAUGCUCAUCAACUCUGCAUCUGUUUUUUCUGCUUCUACAUGGAAUCUAUACAAAUUCAUUGUUUGAACGUAAAAUUUAUUUCUCAUUAGUUGCAAGACUAUGAAAAAUCAUUCACGGAACAAUGGAAUGAAGUUGAACGAUUAUCCUCUUCUGCUUGUCUAAAUCUCGUAAAAUCGAUCAAGUUGUUUUAUGAAAAAUCCAGAAUAAGAUUUGUGACUAUGAUUGGAUGGCUUCUAUCCACUGUCUUAUUUGCACUCUUCAAUUUCUGCUAUGCUCAACAUCGCCUAACCAUAAACCCAAUCGAAUUACGAACGACCAAAGGAGAAUUUUUCAUUUAUACGCUUCAUUCCGGCAACUUUUUCCCUCAAACAGUUGAUGUUAAAUGGUCUGCUUCCUUGCACGGCCGACCUGCUUUGCCAUUAUGGUUACAUUUGAUGUCCUCUAGACACAGAGCCCUUGGAUACUUAUAUGGUACUGUUGUUUCACCUCUUAAUCAAGUUGUUAUACAUGUUAUUGCUCGACGACUGGAUAAUUACGACAAAGCAGAACAGUAUAUAACAAUAUUUUUGAAUGAUAACGAGAAGUACAGUAACGCAACUCAGCAAUUUGCCGAAGUUUACAUAAAAAAUUACGAUCCUGAAGAUCUCUUAACUGAUCGCACUCGAACUAUUGAUCGAUUGCAGAAAUCAAUGAAAGAUUCAUUCAGAGGAAAAGGACUGAAUCCAUAUAUAUUCCAGAUUUUACCCGCUGGAAAUUCACCACCUCAAGAUGCCCAGCUCGAUCUACGCCAUAAAGUUGGAAGCAUAGUUCGAAUUGGGACGCAAAAUCGCUUUCAUGUGAAUGUAUUGAAUUUGGAACGUGGAUUGCAAAGGAAUCCGCAAUACUGCAGCAAGGAUCAGCUCGUACCAUUGAACAAAUUUUUUGCUCCAGUUUUUCAAAUUGAUUGGUGCAAUUUCCAUGUGAAAAAUGUAACAGCACCACUUAUUCACAGUAACGAUGCAGGGCUGGAGCAAAGGUCGAUAAAGAUAAUCAGACCAGAAACUGAAACGGUGCAUACUCCUUAUCACCAAUAUCAGCUAUCUACUUCAUCCAUAUUGAAAGCGGAAUCUCCCGUGUUACACGCUAGAUACUAUUUUUGGGAAUCGUUCUUGAUGUUCCCGAUGUUGGGUGUAUGUUGUAUCCUCUUGCUUAUUCUUCUAAGCCUUAUUUUCUUUGGCCGUCGCGAAGGUCAACACUGGAGGGACUACAAAACGCCGAAACGACAGUUGGAGGAAUACGCUAGCGUACGUGACAGUCAACGCCAUUUGCGUGAGCUUUCCAUGCAACGACAAAUACUUCUAAUGGAUUCGGACAGAGCACAGUCGCAUACUCCACUUGGGAUCCAUACAUUCCUGCAGCCAAAAUCUCCAAGUCGGAAUCCUUCUCCAGAAAAUCUUCGAGCUGAUCCAUCCAUUCGUGGUUCUCGGUCACCUUUACUAAAAGGAUCGAGAGCUCAUUUAAGUAUAAGCCCAGAAAAAACUUUUGAUGGCCCUGUCAUUCCGAUGAGCAAACAAACAGUUGCGGAAGCAGCGAAAGCUUGUGGUUCAUCACUGCAUUUGUAUAGAAAUCCAUUCGAAAGCGAUCCAAAUGAUAACAAUACAGAAGAACAAUUCACUGAUGGCGGUGGUCAGAAUGACCUAGACGACACAAGAAACCCGUAAAAUGAACUCAUUACCUCCUGACUUUCUCUCUCAACUGUUCCUAAUUUGUAUCGUUGGUCUUCAUGUAUAUCUCUCCUUCCUCUGCCGAUUUUUCGUUUUUUUUUUUUUAAACCUA